CAAGGCUCAGUGAUUCCUCAGCCUCUGGGCUGUGAGCAGCUCUCUGUGCCCCUGCGCUGCUUCCUCCUAAACAUCAGGGCACAAUUACUUGCCUACUGGACCUGGCAGGGCCUUCACCCCACUCAGCUGAUCUCCCCUAAGUAGGGGGGAGAGGAUAAAGAUCCAGUAAAACACUAGGAGCUCCCCCCUUUUCCCCUUUCUGUGGAUUCUACUGUCAUGUCUGGAGCGCUGUGCCGAACUCUCUAUGCAUUUACUGGGGACCAGCACCAGCAGGGACUGAAGUUCGAGGCUGGAGAGGUGAUUAAAGUCGUGCAGGCAUUAGAUGGAGGCUGGUGGGAAGGAGAGAAGGAUGGCCUGAGAGGAUGGUUCCCUGCCAGCUACGUUCAGAUCCUAGAGAAACCUGGCAUGAUGAAUGCCCAGAGAAUAGAAGAUCAGACUCAAGUUCCCCUUCCACAAGGCUGGCAGAGCUACAUGUCUCCGCAGGGAUGCCAGUACUACGUCAACACAUUAACAAAUGAGACAACAUGGGAGCGGCCUAACAGCUCACCCGUCAGCCUGAAGAGCCCAAUAGUCAAGAAGAUGUCACUCCCUACAGUUAACGGUUUCCACUCCUCUGGUUCCUCCGUCCAUCAGCCUGAAUCAGGCAACAUGCAUAUACGCAAAGCCAGCAAUGAGCACCAGAGUCCUGGAUCCCCGUCGCCCACCAAAAAGCAGAGCAAGGAGACCACCAUCACGAUAAACUGUGUAACGUUCCCCCACCCCGACACGAUGCCAGAACAGCAGCUUUUGAAGCCCGGGGAGUGGAGUUACUGUGACUAUUUCUGGGCGGAUAAGAGAGAUGCGCAAGGGAACAACACUGUGACUGGGUUUGAAGACCUCCUCCAGAAGCAGCUUAAGGGCAAACAAAUGCAGAAGGAAAUGGCCGAAUUUAUCCGUGAAAGAAUAAGGAUUGAAGAAGAAUAUGCAAAAAACCUGGCAAAACUCUCUCAAAGUCCCUUGGCCUGUCAGGAGGAAGGAACCCUGGGAGAGGCAUGGGCCCAAGUGAAGAAGAGUCUGGCAGAUGAAGCAGAAGUUCACCUUAAGUUUUCCUCUAAGUUACAGAGUGAGGUGGAGAAGCCUCUACUUAACUUUCGAGAGAACUUCAAGAAGGAUAUGAAGAAGUUUGACCAUCAUAUUUCCGACCUGCGCAAGCAGCUGGCCAGUCGAAACGCCGCAGUGGAGAAGGCCAGGAAAGCCUUAGCCGAGAGACAGAAAGACCUUGAUGUAAAGACCCAACAGCUGGAGAUCAAACUCAGCAACAAGACAGAGGAAGACAUUAAGAAGGCCCGGAGAAAGUCAACGCAAGCAGGAGAUGACCUGAUGCGUUGUAUGGAUCUGUACAACCAAGCGCAGUCCAAGUGGUUUGAAGAAAUGGUUACAACGACCCUGGAGCUUGAGAGACUGGAAGUGGAACGGGUCGAGAUCAUCCGUCAGCACCUGUGCCAGUACACACAGCUACGGCACGAAACUGACAUGUUCAACCAAGGGACGGUAGAACCAGUGGAUCAACUACUCCAGAAAGUGGACCCGGGCAAAGACAGGGAACUGUGGGUGAAGGAGCACAAGACGGGAGACAUCAGGCCAGUGGAUAUGGAGAUAUAGACUUCUACUCAUGCAUAUAUUUGUACAGCCAUGGACAUUGUACAUUCCUGUACCAAACACAAGAGCAUUGGAUCCCUCAAGUGAUUGGGCUUCAUGGAGAACUGAGAUGUGGCACUGGCUCAAGCACCACCCCCCCCCCCCCAGCCUUUGUACCAUCUCUGGGGAUCAGGGAGGUCUGAGGAUGGGUUUGGAUAAUAUAACAUCUUCUACUGACAGCUCUAAUGGAUCUACACUUACAUUUAAUUUCUCCCAAUAUCUUCUCCUUCUUGUAGUACCUUAAGCAGGGUGGCUCCACUGCCUCUUACCCCAGGAAGGCACAGUCCUUGGAGUCACAUUAGCGUACCAACAAAGGCAGGGAGAUGGGAUCAAUAGGGGCUUGUGCCAAGGGACUGCCAAUAGGGGACACUGAAGGGACAAACAAAGUUACUCAACUGAAAUGUUCCUUUUUUAAGCUAUCCUUCCUUGUUAAAAGGAAAUAAUAAUUGCUUAUAUCCAAUUUUUUAAGGAGAAAUAUGCAAUUAUACUGUAGGUGCAGUCUUGUAACCAGCUGAUGGGCACUAAUCAGUGGAAAUGUAUAGUCAAGACUUGUGCCGCCUGCAUUUUAUUUCUAGUUACUGGAUAUGUAGCCAUUAGCCCAACUAGAAACCUCCCCAGAGGAGACCUGUAUGGCAGGGGGUAGAAUGCACUGAAGCCCAAUGAAGCCCACAGCACUGCCAGGCUACCAGUCAAAGUGUUGUUCAGUGCCGCUGCUUGCAAGCAACCAAUCAUAACAAGAAAAGCUCUGUCCAAUGUUUCCCAGCAUCCCUCUAACUUUGAUUUUAUUAGAGCACAAAUGAGUUUAUAAUGUGCAAUAAAAUUAUAAUGGCUUACAGUAUAACCCUAGGGAUUUAUUGCAGUUCCCCGUCUUGGGGCCCCCACAAUUUAUCAACCUCAGCCCACCAGAACAUACACGUUCAGAAGAAAAGGACCAAAUAAUGUGGUGGGGGAAAGAGAGAUUUUCUAAGGACUUGUAUAUAGGAAAUGACUCAGCUCCAAGCUUCUCACCAGUCACCAACAUUCCACUGAAUGGGACUAUUCUACUUACCAAUGGUGAGUCUCUGUGGAGUAGCACUUAGUGCAUGUCCAGCCAGCCAUUGUCUACAAUGAACUAUCACUGCAAUUAUGAACCUGCUUCCCCAUUUUUCCCUAUGGCUAUUUGACUGAUCCCUCAACUGAACACUUUCCUGCCACGAGACGCAGACUGUAAUGGCUUUAAGAUCUCAACAGCAAUAAAAAUAUGAAAUGUCUUAAUGGAAAAGAGCAAUCACCUGCUUCCAUCUGUGGGCAUUCCAAAGGCUACAAUUGUGUCCUUAAAAUUAAAAUGUUUCAUGGCCCCCUAAGGGGGGGGGGGGCAACCAAUAUAAACAGCCAAUAUA